CACGCACUAUCGUGUGACAAACGCCGGAGAAAGGAGAUACGAUGGUAGAUGGUAGACACGGUGCAGCAUUUCUUACGUCGUUUAAAUAUCGUAAAGGAAAUUUUUCUAGUUUAUAAUACUAUAAUAAGUUUGCGACUAUCGUUUUAUUGUUAUCGUAAAUAAAUUUAUAUCGUAAUCUAAAGUAAAUUUUCAGUUUAUCGUUGAGGUAGCACGAUGGCGCGGGAGGGGGAGGGGGGUAUCGGAAAUAUCGAUGUAAGCAAAAGACAUUUUCGAUCGCUGCCUAUGAAAACGUUCAAUCGAGAAAUAUACAUCGAUGCAUAAAGUUUGAAAUGUUAUUGUGUCAGCAACGUAGAACGUUACGUAAGAAUGCUUAGAUGAGCGUCGGUAUAGAAUUUUACGUCACUAGAAUAUAUCUGUCUGUAACGAGCUUUCGAUCGAUCAGUCGCAUCGAAUAGUUCUCGCCUAUAAAACUAUGCUUUCGUUUUUUAUCGUUUAAACUUCUUAUUAAUCCAAAUAACAGCUGUUUAAGCUAACCUCGGUACGCUAUAUAUAUAAACCGGAGGACCGUAUCUAUAAACUCAGCGAACGUCGGAAAAGAAUAUCGGGAGAUUCUACGAACGUUAGAGAAGAAAAUCGUGCAACGGUGGAAUUUGGCGAAUGAAUCACGCAGUGUCAUUGUCAUUUCUGUUUUCAAAUCCGAGCAUGCGUUCUGCCAUCGUGAGUUCGCAGCCGUGUUCUCGGUAUUAGAGCCCCAGAGAAUUGAGCGCGUACAACUUCAGACGGUGCAACGAGAGACCUUCCAUUGCGAAGUCGUACGUAAGCGUCGCACGUACAUACGUGCAUGCACCGUAAGCUAUCUCGAGCGAUCGUUAGAGGCUUCAUCGACGGAUUUUGCUGGCGCGCUAACCAGUGACUCGUCUGUUGGCGCGUGUCGUUCGAAAAAUGUGUCGGCGCUUGCCGCGGAAGUGGCACCCCGAGCUUGUGAAUUCUACGUGGUCGACGAAUACUCGUCAACAGGGGAAACCUCGAGAGAACGAGGAUCGCAAGAUCUGAGGCUACUGAUCGACGGCGUGUCCGCGACAACACGCAUACACGGACGUGACAGCGCACAUACGUCAAGUUACAUGGCGAGUUAUUCACGAGGGCGAUCCUCCAGACAAUCCGACUUCCUGUUCAGUGAUACGAUGGACGAUGACGUUGACGAGAAGGAUGACACGAAACGAAAAUCACGAAAUCUGAGCGAAAAGAAACGGAGAGAUCAGUUCAAUAUGCUCGUGAACGAACUUGGUAGCAUGGUCAGCUCGAAUACGAGGAAAAUGGAUAAAUCCACAGUACUGAAGUCGACCAUUUUGUUUUUAAAAAAUCACAACGAAAUAGCUGUCAGAUCGAGGGUGCACGAGAUUCAAGAAGAUUGGAAACCGUCGUUCCUGUCCAACGAAGAAUUUACGCAUCUAAUAUUAGAGGCUCUGGACGGUUUUAUAAUGGUAUUUUCUUCAAGCGGGCGCAUUUAUUAUGUGUCUGAAAGCGUCACGUCUCUUCUCGGGUAUCUUCCGAACGAACUGGAGAACACGACGAUCUACGAUAUCACUUACCAAGAGGAUCAAUCUCCUCUCUACAACGUACUUCUGAAUCCUGCAAUCACAAAAGACCAGCGAAACAUUAAACAGGAGGAGAAGAUAUCUUUUUCGUGUCAUAUCAAAAGAGGCGGCAUAAAUGUUCAAGAAAAUCCAAUAUACGAGCUUGUGCAAUUUGUCGGAUAUUUUCGUUCUGACGUCGAUACAGACGCGGAUAACUUGCUUCCGAACACGAAAUUCGGCAAUACUACUGGAAUAGAUACGAAAUUAGUUUUCGUGGGUACAGGACGCCUCCAGACGCCACAGUUGAUCCGCGAACUAUCGGUGAUGGAUAACACAAAGUCGGAAUUCACUUCGCGACAUAGCCUCGAGUGGAAAUUCCUAUUUCUGGAUCAUCGAGCGCCGCCUAUCAUCGGAUAUUUGCCAUUCGAAGUGUUAGGCACGUCUGGAUAUGAUUAUUAUCACGUGGACGACCUGGACAAGGUGGUUACUUGCCACGAAUCACUGAUGCAGAAGGGUGAAGGAACCUCCUGUUACUACAGAUUCCUCACGAAGGGACAACAAUGGAUAUGGUUGCAAACUAGAUUUUAUAUCACGUACAAUCAGUGGAAUUCGAAGCCAGAGUUUAUCGUCUGCACGCAUUACGUUGUCAGUUACGUCGAUGUGAUCAAGGAAUUGCGUAAGGAGUCGGAAGGUUUUAACAAGGAGCAGAGUCAGGAUGUUCUGAUGCCAGUGGAACAGCAGGUGACCACGUCUUGCCCGGUUCCUCCGACACAAUGGCCAGCGAAAUCGUCGAAAACGUCGAAAUCCAUAGCAUCGAACACACGGCCACGACAUCACGUGGAGAGCUCUGAUAGUUCGUCGAUGUCGGCUUCCAUGCAGAGCUCGCCGCAUUCGCAGAUAACGCACGUUUCACGAUCGAAAGGCGCCUCGGCGAAUAGCUCUGUGCCGUCGAAAACUCAAAUGCCUCAAAUCGAUAACAGACAACAGCAGCAACAGCAGCAGCAACAACAACAGUCGCAACAACAAUCUUUGUUAGAGGUUGAUCAAAGCUGCAUCAACUUUAUGGAACAAGCGCAGUACACGACUGUUAAUUUGCAACCUGUGGUUAGCACAGGCUUCGUAACUCCUGCCGCGCCAAUUAUAUCCACAUUGCCAACACACGAGAUGUUACAUCAGCAAGAUAUCGUGAUGACACCAGCACAGAAUCAAAUUCAAGACGAGCUGCAACGAAAACACGAAGAACUGCAACAAUUAAUAGUGCAUCAGCAAGAAGAGUUACGAAGAGUGUCGGAACAGUUGUUCAUCGCUAGAUACGGUAUUUUAUCGCCGUUGCUCAAUGCGGGCAUGCCGUACAAUACUGCGAAUACGUGUCAACAGAUGAACAGGUGCAAUACGAACAAUUCGAACGUUCAGUUGCCAACGUCUAGUAACGUUCAAGGAGUAAACGUUCUUCCUUUACCGAUUACCGUUCCAGUGCCAAUCGUGCCUACAGAGUUGUUCUCUCAUCCAUUGACAGUGAGUCCAGUGCCAACCAUGUCAACUACAGCGCAAGGUAACGUAGGUACGAUGAUCCAAACGCAACAGCAGCAGCACCAACAGCUGCAACAUCAGCAGCAACAGUCUCAACAGCAAGCACCAACGCGACAAAAUGGCAAUCCACCGGAUCUCGUGCCUUUCCAAAUGUGUCCACAUCAAGCGGAUAUACUGUACAACGAGAUAGAGCCAUCCGCGAAUCAACAACAGAGGUCGUCGCAAAAUUGAAAAAGUCCCUUUCUUCGAUCCUCCAUCGGGGAUCUCCGUUGAAAUUCUUCGGUUAAGGAACUGAUAUUUGAUAUUUGAAAAGAAAUUUGAUCGGGCAUUCGUCCAAGAUGGAACGGGUAUCGAGGAACGUAGCUUCGAUCGUCGCGAAUCGAAACGCGCCACGCAAUUCUGUUCGCGUCUCAUGCAGGAACGAGACACGAAGGAUUUCCUAUUUUUAUACAAAUGUGAGAUGUAUGUACAAAAGAUAUUCCGUGUAAGAAGUGAAAUCGUGUUUGUAACGCAAAUUAUAGCCGAAUGACGAGAAUUUCCGUUUGCUUCGAUCGAGCGUAUUUGCAUCAAUUUUUUGUAAAAAAAAGCAAAAUUCGACCGAAAAGAGAUUUUUUUGUGCUGGAGAAAGGAUAAGGAAUUCAAGUCUAUGGUACUUUUUAUCGUUGUGGCACGUGUAUUCGUCUGUUUGGUUUACGUCGAAAGUACCAUACUAAAAAAUCGCUGCAAACCUCCUUCGUUAUUUAUUUACGAUCGACACGAGAUAAUUCUUCGAAACGUCGAUAUUUAUCCCUUGAAGUUUAAGGGGCCAUUUUGUAUCUCCCACGACGUAUAUACAUAUGUGUAAAAAUUCUGUACAAAGUUUAUCCACUCGGUGGCAGCGUAUGCGUGAACUGGCUCUUCGAGUCGGGCAUAACAAAAGGAUAGUUGUUUGAUUGAUUUAAAAAAGUACAAAGCACAGGUAAAAUUACUUGGAACUCUGAUCGAACGCUUUGUGUUCAAAAUACAUGUGCAUCUCAGACGAUAAAGUUUGAGAAUUAUUUUUGUUAUUCACCGGACCACGUAGAAACUAAAGAGAACCGAAUUUUUCAAAAAAACAGGGUAUAUUUACAUAUGUAUGUAUACAAGGUAUUUUUGUUACGAGUUCUCAGCGUCUUUUUUUUUCGUAAACGAUAGAUUUUACGACUAAAGAGAAACAAACAGAAAACGCGUGUCCUGUUUCUCUCACAAACCUACCGCUUGUUAGAAAAACACUGGCGACUAAUACAACAAAUUUACCUUGUAUAUACAUGGUUGAGAAGGCGAAAAAAAAAAGAAAGUACAAUAAUAUAUUUUGUUGUAAAUGUAUCAUGAUAAUAAGCUAUUUGUAAAUGUACGUGUCUAUAGAGAAACAACGUGUAUUAUACCCGUGUGUAUAUGGCAUCGAAAUCGAUAUAUUUUACGAUCAUGAUCGUGUUAGAUGGAUUAUACAUAUGUAUGUAUACGUAUUAUACAUAUUAUACAUAUAUUUAUUGAAACAUAGGAUUCAUAUACAUUCCGAUGAAUUAGCCGGAUCCCGAUGAACGUGUCUGACAGGCUAUUACGUAUUAAGACAAUAACUUUUCUCACGUAUGAUUGUAAAUUAUGGUAUAAAAAUUUGAGAAUUAUAUACAUAUUCAACGUGCAAAUAAAGGUUCCUAAAAACAG